AUGGUACAUCACAGACGACACAACGCCGACGAUACCAACAAUCAGGAACGACACCUUGUGGCCAAACUUGGCAGCGAACUGACCGGCAAAGAUAGAACCGAUCAUCGCGCCAACAAUCAUCGCGCCAGCGAAAAUGCCGUUGUAGACAGAGCUGUAGCCAAUCGGAUUCAUGCAUUUCUCAUCGCCGUACACCCAGUUGCACCUGUCAUCCCCGAGGCACUCGCCCUCAUUCAGGUAUGCCCCCUCACAGGUGAAAUCCUUCCACCCACACAUAUUCUUAUCGGUGUUCCACGCGCACUCUGCAUUGGGCACCGCCUCACACGCAACCGGUGUGUUGUACAGCGAGCAGUCGGUCGACGUCAGGUAGAAGUUCGCGUACACUGCCACGAACGCAAUCGAGUACCCGUACAGAUUUCCACCCACCACCUGCACCUGCGCAACCUUGAGGUUCUCCAUCGACAUGAACGGCGGGGCGUCGUCGUGCUGGUCCCUCUCGUCGCGGUACCCAUCGGGUGA